AUGGGUGCAAGGCAUCGGGUGCAAGGCAUGGGGUGCAAGGCACAUGGGUGCAAGGCAUGGGUGCAAGGCAUGGUUGUGCAAGGCAUUGGUUGCAAGGCAUGGGUGCAAGGCAUGCGGUGCAAUGGCAUGGGUGCAAGGCAUGGGUGCAAGGCCAUGGGCUGCAAGGCGAUGGGUGCAAGGCAUGGGUUGCAAGGCACUGGGUUGCAAGGGCCGCUGGGUGCAAGCAAGGCAUCGGGCAUGGGGUGCAAGGCAUGGGUGCAAGGCCAUGGGUUGCAAGGCAUGGGGUGCAAGGCAUGGGUGCAAGGCAUGGGUGCAAGGCAUGGGUGCAAGGCAUGGGUGCAAGGCAUGGGUGCAAGGCAUGGGUGCAAGGCAUGGGUGCAAGGCAUGGGUGCAAGGCAUGGGUGCAAGGCAUGGGUGCAAGGCAUGGGUGCAAGGCAUGGGUGCAAGGCAUGGGUGCAAGGCAUGGGUGCAAGGCAUGGGUGCAAGGCAUGGGUGCAAGGCAUGGGUGCAAGGCAUGGGUGCAAGGCAUGGGUGCAAGGCAUGGGUGCAAGGCAUGGGUGCAAGGCAUGGGUGCAAGGCAUGGGUGCAAGGCAUGGGUGCAAGGCAUGGGUGCAAGGCAUGGGUGCAAGGCAUGGGUGCAAGGCAUGGGUGCAAGGCAUGGGUGCAAGGCAUGGGUGCAAGGCAUGGGUGCAAGGCAUGGGUGCAAGGCAUGGGUGCAAGGCAUGGGUGCAAGGCAUGGGUGCAAGGCAUGGGUGCAAGGCAUGGGUGCAAGGCAUGGGUGCAAGGCAUGGGUGCAAGGCAUGGGUGCAAGGCAUGGGUGCAAGGCAUGGGUGCAAGGCAUGGGUGCAAGGCAUGGGUGCAAGGCAUGGGUGCAAGGCAUGGGUGCAAGGCAUGGGUGCAAGGCAUGGGUGCAAGGCAUGGGUGCAAGGCAUGGGUGCAAGGCAUGGGUGCAAGGCAUGGGUGCAAGGCAUGGGUGCAAGGCAUGGGUGCAAGGCAUGGGUGCAAGGCAUGGGUGCAAGGCAUGGGUGCAAGGCAUGGGUGCAAGGCAUGGGUGCAAGGCAUGGGUGCAAGGCAUGGGUGCAAGGCAUGGGUGCAAGGCAUGGGUGCAAGGCAUGGGUGCAAGGCAUGGGUGCAAGGCAUGGGUGCAAGGCAUGGGUGCAAGGCAUGGGUGCAAGGCAUGGGUGCAAGGCAUGGGUGCAAGGCAUGGGUGCAAGGCAUGGGUGCAAGGCAUGGGUGCAAGGCAUGGGUGCAAGGCAUGGGUGCAAGGCAUGGGUGCAAGGCAUGGGUUGCAAGGCAUGGGUGCAAGGCAUGGGUGCAAGGCAUGGGUGCAAGGCAUGGGUGCAAGGCAUGGGUGCCAAGGCAUGGGUGCAAGGCAUGGGUGCAAGGCAUGGGUGCAAAGCAUGGGUGCAAGGCAUGGGUGCAAGGCAUGGGUGCAAGGCAUGGGUGCAAGGCAUGGGUGCAAGGCAUGGGUGCAAGGCAUGGGUGCAAGGCAUGGGUGCAAGGCAUGGGUGCAAGGCAUGGGUGCAAGGCAUGGUGCAAGGCAUGGGUGCAAGGCAUGGGUUGCAAGGCAUGGGUGCAAGGCAUGGGUGCAGGCAUGGGUGCAAGGCAUGGGUGCAAGGCAUGGGUGCAGGCAUGUGA